ACCGAAGCCGUAUAAAGCCGGCCAUUUGCUUUUUGCGGUCGAUUCCAUCUUUGUUGCUGGUUAAGUGAACACUCGUUGAACUCAAGACUUGUCUGCAAUCACACAAACUAAGAUGGCUAAAGCACCAGCAGUCGGUAUCGAUCUUGGAACUACCUACUCGUGCGUGGGGGUCUUCCAGCACGGAAAAGUUGAAAUUAUUGCCAACGACCAGGGCAACAGGACGACGCCCUCGUAUGUGGCGUUCACAGACACAGAGCGUCUCAUUGGAGAUGCCGCCAAGAACCAAGUGGCCAUGAAUCCCAAUAACACAAUUUUUGAUGCCAAACGUCUUAUUGGGCGUCGUUUCGACGACCCCGCCAUCCAAGCCGACAUGAAGCACUGGCCCUUCGAAGUAAUCAACGAUGGUGGAAAACCCAAAAUCAAAGUAGAGUACAAAGGAGAAGCAAAAUCCUUCUACCCAGAAGAAGUCAGUUCCAUGGUGUUGACCAAAAUGAAGGAAACCGCGGAAGCCUAUUUGGGGAAAUCUGUAACAAACGCCGUAAUCACCGUCCCAGCCUACUUCAACGAUUCGCAAAGACAGGCCACAAAGGACGCCGGAACCAUUUCCGGUCUCCAGGUUUUGCGUAUCAUCAACGAACCGACGGCAGCCGCUAUUGCCUACGGGUUGGAUAAGAAAGGAACUGGGGAAAGGAACGUUCUGAUUUUCGAUUUGGGCGGUGGUACCUUUGAUGUGUCUAUAUUGACCAUUGAAGAUGGUAUUUUUGAGGUAAAGUCGACGGCUGGUGACACACAUUUGGGUGGCGAAGAUUUCGAUAAUAGGAUGGUUAACCACUUCGUCCAGGAGUUCAAGAGGAAGUACAAGAAGGAUUUGACGACGAACAAGAGGGCGUUACGUCGUUUACGCACGUCGUGUGAGAGAGCCAAGCGCACUCUGUCUUCGUCCACGCAAGCUAGCAUCGAAAUCGAUUCUUUGUUCGAGGGAAUCGAUUUCUACACGUCUAUUACUAGAGCUAGAUUCGAAGAGCUCAACGCUGACUUGUUCCGAUCGACGAUGGAACCAGUGGAGAAGUCCAUCAGAGACGCCAAGAUGGAUAAAUCACAGAUCCACGAUAUUGUUUUGGUUGGUGGGUCCACCCGUAUCCCCAAAGUACAAAAAUUGCUCCAGGACUUCUUCAACGGGAAAGAACUGAAUAAGAGUAUUAACCCUGAUGAAGCUGUGGCUUACGGUGCCGCCGUCCAAGCCGCCAUCUUGCACGGCGACAAAUCCGAAGAAGUCCAAGAUUUGUUGCUUCUUGACGUCACACCGUUGUCUCUAGGUAUUGAAACCGCAGGCGGUGUCAUGACAGCUUUAAUCAAACGUAAUACGACCAUUCCAACCAAGCAAACCCAGACCUUCACCACUUAUUCCGAUAACCAACCCGGGGUGCUCAUUCAGGUGUACGAGGGUGAACGUGCGAUGACCAAGGACAACAACUUGUUGGGUAAAUUCGAGUUGACCGGAAUCCCUCCGGCACCUAGAGGAGUACCACAAAUCGAAGUCACGUUCGAUAUCGACGCCAACGGUAUCUUGAACGUGACGGCGGUGGAGAAGAGCACCAACAAAGAAAACAAAAUCACCAUCACCAACGACAAAGGACGGCUCAGUAAGGAGGAUAUCGAGCGCAUGGUUAACGAAGCCGAGAAAUACCGCAGCGAAGACGAGAAACAGAAGAACACGAUCUCUGCGAAGAACGGUUUGGAGUCGUACUGUUUCAACAUCAAGAGCACGAUGGAAGACGAGAAGGUCAAGGAUAAGAUCUCUGAAUCCGAGAGGAAUAGUAUCUUGGAUAAGUGUAACGAGGUGAUUGCUUGGUUGGACGCUAACCAAUUGGCCGAGAAGGAAGAGUAUGAACACAAACAGAAGGAGUUGGAGAAUUUGUGUAAUCCGAUUAUCACGAAGCUGUACCAGGGGGCCGGUGGAGCUCCCGGAGGCAUGCCUGGAUUCCCGGGAGCGGGAGGGGCGGCUCCGGGUGCAGCUCCCGGUGCCGGUGGAGCCGGACCUACCAUCGAAGAAGUAGAUUAAUUCAUUCCAAUUUUUGUUUUGUAAUUCCAGUAUUAAUGCAGACAAUUCGUGAUUUCAGUUUUGUUUUUUAUGUUGUAUGGCCACUAAAGGAAUUUUUGCCAUUGUAACGCAACCUGUUUUCUCAAUAAAUUAUUUGGAAUCCAA